AUGCCGCUCUCCGCGCAGCUAUCCGCCAGCGGUGAGUCGUACGUGCUGGCGGCCAGUCUGGACAACGCCCGCCACCUCUCCAGCCUCCUCAGAGCCGUCCACUUCCAGGACCACGCCACCUGCUUCGCCACGGCCAACGGCCUUAGGGUGGCAGUAGAGGACGCCAAAUGCAUCCAGGCUAAUGCCUUCAUCCAGGCAGAAAUUUUUCAGGAAUUUGCUGUUCAGGAGGAAUCAGUGAUGUUCCGGAUCAAUUUGUCUGUUCUUCUUGACUGCUUGACCAUUUUUGGUACCAGUUCUUUGCCAGGAACAUCAACGGCCCUUAGGAUGUGUUAUCGUGGUUAUGGUUAUCCCUUGAUGCUGUUCUUGGAAGAAGGAGGUGUAGUGACAGUGUGCAAAAUUAACACUGAAGAACCUGAUGAGUUGUUAGACUUUGAUUUCUGCAGUAAAAAUGUUGUUAAUAAAAUUAUCCUGCAGUCGGAGGGGCUACGAGAAGCAUUUGCUGAACUGGAUAUGACCAGUGAAGUUCUGCAGAUUACCAUGUCUCCAGAUAAACCCUACUUCAGGUUAUCCACUUUUGGAAAUGCAGGAAGUGCACAUCUGGACUACCCCAGGGACUCUGAUUUGAUGGAAGCAUUCCACUGUAACCAGACCCAGACAAACAGGUACAAAAUUUCUUUGCUUAAACCAUCUGCAAAGGCACUGGCUUUAUCUUGUAAGGUGUCCAUUCGAACCGAUACUCGAGGAUUUCUUUCACUGCAGUAUAUGAUUAGGAAUGAAGAUGGACAGAUCUGUUUUGUGGAAUACUAUUGUUGCCCUGAUGAGGAUAUUGCUGAAGCAGAAAUGUAGGUGUAUGUUUUGGUGUCUGUAUUAUAUUUAUGGAUAUAUAAAAUGCUAUUUUUUAUAAAACUGAAU